CUGGACGCAGUUGUGACGGUGAAACGCAGUCUCAGAGUGAACGUGUCCUUUGACAGCACUGAAACAGUUAAUGGUAGUUAGCGACAGUUGCUCUGACAAAUCCUUGGAGGAGUAACAAGUGUUGACUUAUUCGGAAGUUUGUAUGCAGACGUGAAAUUCAACUUUAUUUUCGCAUUUUUAGUCGUUCUUGAAGUACUAUUUUUUUUUUCUAAAAAAACAUAAUUUUUUCAUCUUUUAACGAACUUUGAAUUCUUGCCUCUUUGGGCACGAGAAUAAUCUAAGAUGUGUUAAAGCGGAGCGAAUAAGAAGGAAAUCGUCAGAAUGACAGAGCCAGGAGAGCAGACAGUAACUUCAGACAGUCCGUCAGGUGAGAGUAGCGGGGACGCUUUGGAGCAUCUCCCAGCCAUCAACCGUGGAGGACCACAGAACGGCGGAAGGGGGCGCCAGAGAGCAGAGAAGCAUCAGCGCCGGGCGGGGAACUGCGAGGAUAUCAACACAGACAAGUUAUGGCGAAUGAAAGGCGGACGGAGGGAGGUGUGUCCCGCUUCGGCAGCCGGAAACGAACUUUCCAACUACUCGAAUGCAAGCAAGCCUCACGAAAAUGAUGCUUUUCUCGAUGGUGACCACGAUCGACCAGAGAGAAAGGGAGGACCCGGCCCCCUGCAGGAGGCUUUUAACCGGGCGGGGGUUGAGAAUGUGCUCAUCGACUCCGACACCGGCUUAGAAGCACGGCUGGGUAAAAAGAGGCACCGGCGCAGGACCUCUAAGAAGAAACGUCACUGGAAGCCUUAUAACAAACUUUCUUGGGAAGAGAAGAAGGCUCUGGAGGAGAGGGAAACCGCCAGGGCUUCCAGGAUGAGGGAGGAGAUGUUCGCCAAGGGGCUCCCGGUCGCUCCCUACAACACCACCCAGUUUCUGAUGGACGAGCACGACCGAGAGGAGCCCGACCUCAAUACGGAGAGCGGGCUCAGGCGGCCCUGUGGGGUCGGCGGCCGCAUGGAGGACACUGGGAGCGAGGAGGAGCUCUGUGACAAUGAGGAGGAAGAAGACGAUGACGGCAGCGGAGGAGGAGGAGGCAGCGAUGGGAUCGGGAGGCCCGGGAACGCAGGUGGGGAGUAUCUCCAGAGGGACUUUUCCGAGACCUAUGAGAUGUACCACGUAGAGAGUCUGCAGAACAUGACGAAGCAGGAGUUGGUGCAGGAGUACCUGGAGCUGGAGAAGUGCAUGUCCCGCCUGGAGGAGGAGAACAACCGCCUGCGGCGCGCCGUGGAGCCCGGGACCGGGGGGGAGAACUCUCAGGUCCGGCUCCGGGAGAUGGAGCUGGAGCUGGAGAGACUGAGAGCCGAGAACACAGAGCUGCUCCUGCAGAGCCAGCCCACUAAGGAGAGUGGGCAACUUACCACGAAGUAAAAAGACUAAAUUCAUUCAAAGAGGUAAAAAAAAUAAAUGGAAAAAUAUUGGACUACUGUUCGCUUUUUUGUUUUUGUUUU